AUGGGAUAUAAACAUUCAGCAGAGUGCACAGAAAACUCAGGUGAGGCAACUGUUGAAAAAGUUGACUUGGAAACUGUUGUGGAGGGAAGUGUUGUAGCAGAAGAAGGAACUGAUACUACACUUGAUCUUAGCCAAAAGGCCGAGAAAGGACAAGAAACCUAUGUUUUCACUAAAGUCCCCAAACUCAACUCUCGACUUGGAAUGGGCAGGCAAACUUAUUCCAACACGACCUCACCCACCAAACCUCAGUGUUGUUCCAUCACAAUAGAGCCCCCACUUGGGUCACAAGCUGGAGUGACUCAGCUCGGCAAACGAGCACACUUUUGCAUUGUAGACAUGGCUUUGCCACUUGUUGAUAAGAGCAUAGAAGCAGGUUGUUUGGAUUUUUGUUUAACGAUUGACACGCAACCAUGUGGCUCGAGCGUAUGUAGCUGUGUUCCUGUUGCAGUAAUUGCUGGUAUCUGCUUACCUGAUACAGCAGUUGAGUCCAUUGCGAAGAGGCUUGAUGAAUAUUCCCAGCUAUGUGUGUCUCAUCAUGAUUGUGUGAAGAAAGGCAGUGGCAACUUCUGUACUCGUUCUCUUUAUCCAAAUGUGCCUUUUGGCUGGUGCUCUCACUCCAACACUGAACCACUGAAAGGUUUCUUGGCUAUGCCUGUAUAG